UCAUUUUAUUCAACAAAAAUCAGCUCUUCACCAUCUUGCACUUCACACACCACUCAAGAAAAAAUGGCAUCCCUAAACCUAACAAUCAUAGCAAUUUGGCUCUCUAUCUUUUCAUGUCUUGCACGAGUCGAGCCAUCUUUAGCUCGACACGUGUCCAAACAUACCGAAAACCGAACCAAAACAAUGGAGUACAUAGCGUCCUCAUGCCAAGGAACACGGUACCCCGAUCUAUGCAUCCGAUCCUUAGCCACGUUCGCCAAAUAUUCAACCAUAGACCGACCUGACCACUUAGCCCACAUAGCCCUUUCCAUCAGCCUAACAAAAGCACUUCAAACGAGGGGUUACUUGUUAAAAGUAGUAAAGGAACUCGAAGAACUCAACAACGGUAGCGAACCCACCGGUCUUGCUUACUUAACUAUGCAAGAUUGUGAGAAACAAAUCAGUGAUAGUGUUGAUCAACUUAGCCAAGCAAUUAAAGAGCUUCGUAGGUUGAACAAAGGUACAAUUAUUGAUGAUAAAAUGUUGUGGCACAUAAGUAAUGUUGAGACAUGGGUGAGUACUGCUUUAACGGAUGCUAGCUAUUGUGUUCAAUCGUUUCCUGGUCAUAGGAUGAGUAAGAGGACUGCUACUAUUAAGGUUAAGGCACAAAAUGUUGCUGAGGUUACUAGUAAUGGACUUGCCUUGUUUCAUAGGUUUGCUGCUAGGUACAAAGCUGCUGCUAGAGCUGCAAAGAAACCAUAAUGGACUUGGGUCAUGUAGAUUAUAAUUCGUUUCUUCUGUUUAUUCUUUUUUUUUUUUUUUUUAUCUCUAAAUGAGGUUUCACAUAUAGUCUUUAACAAAGUGUGAUAUAUAUGGUUGUAUAAAUUAAUAAUGUAUCCAUCACAAUAAUGAAUGAAGUUUUGUUUGUCUUGUCAAAAAAA